GACGAGGACAUAUACGACAAACUGGCAUGCUGGUGCGAGACCAACGACAGAGAGAAGACCAAGGCCAUCAAGGAUGCCGAGUCCCGCAUCGCGCAGCUCCAGGUUCAGAUCGAGGAGGACACUGCCAUCAGUUCGCGCCUCAACACCGAGAUCAAGAACACGGAAGAGGAGGUCGCGAAGAACCAGGAGGCGCUUGACGAGGCCAUCGCGAUCAGAAAGAAGGAGUUGGCCGAGUUUAACGCUGAGGAGAAGGAGAUGUUGGAGGCUAUCCAGGCGCUCCGCGCGGCCGUGACCGUGCUGUCGAAGCACCACGGCGGCGCCGCCUUUCUGCAGGUGCCCCACACCCACGUGCUGAGCGUGGCCACCACGCUGCAGCACCUCAUCGACUCCCGGCACCUCGUCGGCGUGCUGACCCACAAGGAACGCCGUGUCGCCUCCGCGUUCAUCCAGGCGCCCGAGGACUUCUUCGACGCGUCGCCCACGAUGGCGGACCAGUCCUACACGCCUCAGUCUGGCGAGAUCUUCGGCAUCCUCACACAGAUGAAGGAGACGUUCGAGAAGGACCUGAGCGAGUCGCAGAAGACGGAAGAGCAGAGGGUGAAGGCCUUCGAGGAGAUCAAGAAGUUGAAGGAAGAUGAGAUCUUCGCAGGGCAGGCCCAGAUUGAGAAGAAGACAGAGGAGCUCGCCGACACGGACGAGCGGCUGGCGCACGCGAAGGAAGAUAUUGUGGACACCAAGGCCUCCCUCACCGCGGACGAGCAGUUCCUGAUGGACCUGAAGGAGAAGUGCCAGAUGACGGACCAGGAGUGGGAGGCGCGCCAGAAGACGCGCGCCGCCGAGAUGGAGGCCGUUUCCAAGGCGUUGGCCAUCCUCAGCGGCGACGAUGCCCACGACACGUUCACGCGCACGUUCAACCCCGCCUUCCUGCAGACCCGCCUUCGCCGCACGGGCGACCGCCGCCAGGCCGCAGAGCUGCUGGCCGCCACGGCGUCGAAGUUGCACUCGCCGCGCCUGGCGGCCCUGGCGACCAGCAUGCAGCUGGACGCGUUCGAGAAGGUGAAGAAGGCAAUCGACGACCUCGUGAAGGCUCUGCAGGACGAGAUGGCCGCGGAAGUCAAGAAGAGGGACUGGUGCAUCGAGGAAUUCGACCAGAACGCUCUGGAGACGCAGCAGACGGAAUUCACAAAGAAGGACGUCCUGGCCAAGAUCCUGGCCCUGGAAACCACCAUCAAGACGUUGACGGCGGAGAUCGAUACUCUUAAGGCCGAGAUCGCCGAGAUGGAGAAGCAGCUCAAGGCUGCGAGCGAGGCACGGGACGCCCAGAACAAGGAGUUUCAGUCGACCGUGGCGGACCAGCAGGAGACGCAAAAGCUGUUGAAGUCUGCCGCCAUUGGGUGGGGGAAGGGUUCAGCCUGCUCGCAUUCGGGGGGGGUCCAGGAGGAGUAG